GGCUCGGCUUCCUAGCCUCUUCGGAAACCUCCGACUCCCGGAACUAUGGAGGCCGCGCCCGGGACCCCCCCGCCGCCGCCAUCAGAGUCGCCGCCAUCGCCAUCACCGCCGCCGCCAUCAACGCCUUCGCCUCCUCCGUGUUCCCCCGACGCACGCCCGGCCACCCCGCACCUCCUCCACCACCGCCUCCCGCUCCCUGACGACAGGGAAGAUGGUGAGUUGGAAGAAGGUGAACUGGAAGACGAUGGGGCUGAGGAGACCCAGGACACCUCUGGAGGGCCUGAGAGGAGCCGGAAAGAAAAGGGGGAGAAACACCACAGUGAUUCUGACGAGGAGAAGUCUCACAGGAGACUGAAGCGGAAACGGAAGAAAGAGCGGGAGAAGGAGAAAAGGAGGUCGAAGAAGAGAAGGAAAUCCAAGCACAAACGCCAUGCUUCCUCCAGUGAUGAGUUCUCUGACUUCUCGGAUGACUCGGAUUUCAGCCCCAGUGAGAAGGGGCACCGCAAGUACAGAGAAUACAGCCCCCCGUACGCGCCGUCGCACCAGCAGUACCCUCCGUCGCACACCACACCGCUGCCCAAGAAGUCCUACUCCAAGAUGGACAGCAAGGGCUACGGCAUGUAUGAGGACUAUGAGAACGAGCAGUAUGGGGAGUACGAGGGUGAUGAGGAGGAGGACAUGGGCAAGGAGGACUACGACGACUUCACCAAAGAACUGAACCAGUACCGGCGGUCCAAGGAGGGCAGCAGCCGCGGCCGAGGCAGCCGAGGCCGUGGCCGGGGCUACAGGGGCCGAGGAAGCCGUGGAGGAUCGCGAGGCCGAGGCAUGGGCAGGGGCGGCCGAGGCAGGGGCAGGGGUUCUGUGGGAGGAGACCACCCCGAGGACGAAGAGGACUUCUAUGACGAGGAGAUGGACUACGGAGAAAGUGAGGAGCCAAUGGGAGAUGACGAUUAUGACGAGUACUCCAAGGAACUGAACCAGUACCGCCGGUCCAAGGAUGGCCGAGGCCGAGGGUUAAGUCGAGGCCGUGGCAGGGGUUCCCGAGGCCGAGGGAAAGGGAUGGGCCGGGGCCGUGGUCGAGGUGGCAGCCGAGGAGGGAUGAACAAGGGUGGAAUGAAUGAUGACGAAGACUUCUAUGACGACGACAUGGGCGAUGGUGGCGGCUACCGGAGGGGUGACCAUGACAAGCCCCACCAGCAGUCCGACAAGAAAGGCAAAGUCAUCUGCAAAUACUUCGUGGAAGGGCGAUGCACGUGGGGAGACCACUGUAAUUUUAGCCAUGACAUCGAACUCCCAAAGAAGCGAGAACUGUGCAAGUUUUACAUCACUGGAUUUUGUGCCAGAGCCGAGAACUGCCCCUAUAUGCACGGUGAUUUUCCGUGCAAGUUGUACCACACAACUGGGAACUGCAUCAAUGGCGAUGACUGCAUGUUCUCCCACGACCCUCUGACUGAAGAGACGAGAGAGCUCUUGGAUAAGAUGUUGGCUGAUGACGCAGAAGCGGGUGCUGAGGACGAGAAGGAGGUCGAGGAGCUGAAGAAGCAGGGCAUCAACCCUCUGCCCAAACCACCCCCAGGCGUGGGGCUCCUGCCCACCCCUCCUCGGCCCCCUGGCCCCCAGGCCCCGACCUCUCCCAACGGCAGGCCCAUGCAGGGUGGCCCCCCACCCCCGCCUCCACCCCCACCUCCACCCCCUGGGCCCCCGCAGAUGCCCAUGCCGGUGCACGAGCCACUGUCUCCGCAGCAGCUGCAGCAGCAGCAGGACAUGUACAACAAGAAGAUCCCCUCCUUGUUUGAGAUUGUGGUACGGCCCACAGGGCAGCUGGCUGAGAAGCUGGGUGUGAGGUUCCCUGGACCCGGUGGACCCCCAGGGCCAAUGGGUCCUGGGCCCAACAUGGGACCCCCAGGGCCAAUGGGCGGCCCGAUGCACCCCGACAUGCAUCCUGACAUGCACCCGGACAUGCAUCCGGACAUGCACCCGGACAUGCACCCCGACAUGCAGAUGGGCCCUGGCAUGAACCCUGGCCCGCCCAUGGGACCUGGUGGCCCCCCAAUGAUGCCCUAUGGUCCUGGAGACUCCCCACACUCCGGAAUGAUGCCCCCCAUCCCACCAGCCCAGAACUUCUAUGAAAACUUCUACCAGCAGCAGGAGGGCAUGGAGAUGGAGCCAGGACUCCUGGGGGAAGCAGAGGACUACGGGCACUACGAAGAGCUGCCGGGGGAGCCUGGGGAGCACCUCUUCCCCGAGCACCCUCUGGAGCCCGACAGCUUCCCUGAGGGAGGGCCCCCAGGCCGGCCGAAGCCGGGCGCCGGUGUCCCCGACUUCCUGCCCUCGGCCCAGAGGGCCCUGUACCUGAGGAUCCAGCAGAAGCAGCAGGAGGAGGAGGAGAGAGCGAGGAGGCUGGCUGAGAGCAGCAAGCAGGACCGGGAGAAUGAGGAAGGUGACACCGGAAACUGGUACUCCAGUGACGAGGACGAGGGUGGGAGCAGCGUCACCUCCAUCCUUAAGACCCUGAGGCAGCAGACAUCUAGCCGACCCCAGGCUUCAGUCGGAGAGCUGGGCAGUGGGCUGGGGGACCCCCGCCUCCAGAAGGGACACCCCACAGGAGGCCGGCUGGCCGACCCUCGCCUCAGCCGGGACCCCAGACUCUCCCGCCACGCUGAGGCUUCUGGCGGUCCGGGCCCAGGGGACGCAGGGCCCUCAGACCCUCGGCUGGCUCGUGCCCUGCCCACUGCCAAGCCUGAAGGCAGCCUCCAUUCCAGCCCCAUAGGCCCUGGCAGCUGCAAGGGGUCUGGGCCAUCCCCCACGGAAGAGGAGGAGGGAGAGCGGGCCCUGCGGGAGAAGGCCGUGAACAUUCCCCUGGACCCCCUCCCUGGGCACCCGCUGCGGGACCCGAGAUCACAGCUGCAGCAGUUCAGCCACAUCAAGAAGGAUGUGACCCUGAGCAAGCCAAGCUUUGCCCGCACCGUGCUCUGGAACCCUGAGGACCUGAUCCCCCUGCCCAUCCCCAAGCAGGAUGCGGCACCCCCAGUGCCCGCCGCCCUACAGUCCAUGCCUGCCCUGGACCCCAGGCUGCACCGUUCCACCACCGCGGGGCCCCCCAACGCCCGGCAACGCCCGGGUACUUCCACAGACCCCAGUACGUCCGGCUCCAACCUCCCUGACUUUGAACUCCUCUCUCGCAUCCUCAAGACUGUCAAUGCCACAGGCCCCACCACGGCCCCCAGCUCAAGUGACAAGCCCAGUGACCCCCGGGUGCGGAAACCUCCCACCGACCCUCGACUGCAGAAACCAGCAGACUCCUCGGCUUCCUCCCGGGCCACCAAGCCCGGCCCCACGGAAACGCCAUCUCCAGCCGACAGCCCCAGCGGGGAGUCGUCCCCGCCAGCCACCGCUCCCUACGACCCUCGAGUGCUGGCAGCUGGCGGGCUGGGCCAGGGCAGCGGCAGCGGGCAGAGCAGUGUGCUGAGCGGCAUCAGCCUGUACGACCCGAGGACUCCCAACACGGGUGGCAAAGCUGCAGAGCCGGCUGCCGACGCGGGCGCCCAGCCCAAGUGCCCCGAGGGCAAUGGCAAGAGCUCAGCCUCCAAGGCCAAGGAGCCGCCUUUCGUCCGCAAGUCCGCCCUGGAACAGCCCGAGACUAAGGCCAGUGCCGACGGGGGCGCUGCCACCGCCACAGACAGGUACAACAGCUACAACCGGCCCAGGCCCAAGGCUGCCGCAGCCUCCGCUGCCACCACGGUCACCCCACCGCCGGAGGGCGCCCCACCCCAGCCCGGGGUGCACAACUUGCCUGUGCCCACCCUCUUUGGGACCGUGAAGCAGGCGCCCAAGACGGGCACGGGAAGCCCAUUUGCUGGCAACAGCCCGGCCCGUGAGGGCGAGCAGGACGCAGGGUCCCUGAAAGACGUUUUUAAAGGCUUUGACCCCACUGCCUCCCCCUUUUGCCAGUAGUGUUAAGCCAGAGGCAGCACUCCCGCCACCCUUCCCGCCCAGGGUGGUGGUUAAGCCGGAGUUGGGAACCUGGGGGUGGCGGGGGGCUCUGGGUGUUCUUUCUUUUUUUCUUUUUUCCCCUUUUCUCCUUUUCCUUUUUCUCUCUUUCUUUUUUCUUUUCCU